CGGAAAGGGCGACCCCGCGGCGUGCUCGGGGCGGAGCCUCUUUCCCGUGCGGCCGCCGAGAAGCAGCCAUGGCGGAGCCGAAGGUUUUGGUGAUUGAUGGACGUGGCCACCUGUUGGGUCGCCUGGCAGCGAUCGUGGCUAAGCAAGUCUUGCUGGGGCGCAAGGUUGUGGUCGUGCGAUGUGAAGGGAUCAACAUCUCCGGCAACUUCUACCGCAACAAAUUGAAAUACCUUUCUUUUCUGCGUAAGCGUAUGAACACCAACCCCUCCCGGGGGCCGUACCACUUCCGUGCCCCCAGCCGAAUCUUCUGGAGAACAGUGCGAGGAAUGCUCCCACACAAGACCAAACGUGGUCAGGCUGCCUUGGAGAGGCUGAAGGUGUUUGACGGCAUCCCCCCUCCCUACGACAAGCGCAAGAGGAUGGUGGCGCCAGCUGCCUUGAAAGUGGUUCGCCUCAAGCCCACUCGCAAGUUUGCUUUCUUGGGCCGCCUUGCCCACGAGGUGGGCUGGAAGUACCAGGCCAUCACAGCCACCCUAGAGGAGAAACGGAAGGAGAAGGCCAAGCUUCACUACACCAAGAAGAAGCAGCUGAUGAAACUCCGAAAGCAGGCCGAGAAAAACGUGGAGGGCAAGAUCGCAAAAUACACAGAUGUCCUGAAGCAGUACGGCAUCCUGGUUUAAAUAGCUGCCAGGCUCAUUAAACAAUAAAAAAUAGUUUACG